AUGUCUUCUGAGGAGAUCACCCACCCUACCAUCAAGGAUGGCUGGUUCCGAGAGAUCUCGGACAUGUGGCCCGGCCAUGCCAUGACCCUCCGCGUCGAGAAGGUCCUCGUCCACGAGAAGAGCAAGUACCAGGAUGUCCUCAUCUUCAAGUCCACCGACUUCGGCAACGUCCUGGUCCUCGACAACGUUAUUCAGUGCACCGAGCGUGACGAGUUCUCCUACCAGGAGAUGAUCGCGCACCUCGCCCUCAACUCCCACCCCAACCCCAAGAAGGUUCUUGUCAUUGGCGGUGGUGACGGCGGUGUUCUCCGCGAGAUCGUCAAGCACGAUUGCGUUGAGGAGGCAACCCUCUGCGACAUCGACGAGGCUGUUGUCCGCCUCUCCAAGGAGCACCUCCCUUCCAUGGCCUGCGGCUUCGACCACCCCAAGUCCAAGACCCACAUUGGCGAUGGCUUCAAGUUCCUCAACGACUACAAGAACGAGUUCGACGUCAUCAUCACUGACUCAUCCGAUCCCGAUGGUCCCGCCGAGGCUCUCUUCCAGAAGAGCUACUUCCAGCUCCUCCACGACGCUCUCCGUGAGGGCGGUGUCAUUACUACUCAAGGUUCCGAGAGCCCCUGGCUUCACCUCCCCCUCAUCACCCGCCUCAAGAAGGAUUGCCAGGCUAUCUUCCCCGUCGCCGAGUAUGCCUACACCACCAUCCCUACCUACCCCUCCGGUCAGAUUGGCUUCAUGGUCUGCUCCAAGGACCCCAAGGCCGAUGUGAAGACACCUCUCCGAUCCUGGACCAAGGAGGAGGAGGACGCCAAGUGCCGAUACUACUCUGCUGAGAUCCACAAGGCCAGCUUCGUCCUUCCCAAGUUCGCCCAGAAGGCUCUUGAGUAA